GCUAGUUUUCUGUCAAAACUGAUCACUAAAUUUCCUCUUUUAUUACUGUGAGGUUUGUUAAAUUGAGAUGAGAUGAUACCCUGAAACUGAACACUCAAUACUUGAUAGAGAUCGUAUGGCUUUAAACAAUGUAAAACAACAAUUCAUAACAACUAAGAUACCGUAACACUGAGAACAAUUACAAUUUUUAGAAAUGAUUCGCUAGAUAACAAAUAAUUAGAAUAACUAACAAUGAAUCAUGAGAUAAUUCUGCGAAAGCUGUUUGAUAAAUAUAGAUAUGAAAGUCCUACGGUUGUGGAUGAGAUUGUGAAUAAGUUAGAAGACUUGGGAAUGACAGGCCAGCAAGAAUUUGCGUCGUCAAACUACUCAGACGAUGAAACAGAUGAAGAAGAGCAUGAGGAACCAUCAGGUGGAUGUUCAAUAAAACAAGGUCAUGUUCAUACUGUUCUUAAUAAGUUAUUAAAAAACAUGGGGAAUGCAUUAUAUCGAGCCCAGAUAAACUCAAGUACAGAGAUGAAUAAUAUAUUAACAUAUUUAAAAGGUGUUACAGAGCAAUUGCAACAGGUUGCUGAAGUCGAAGCUACCAUACAAAAAAACGCACUGGAUGAUGUACUGACGCAACUAUAUCCCAGACUACAUAAAGUUUCAGACAUGAAAGUACCUGAUAUAGAUAUCAAAUUCUGUACAGAAUGGAGAACAUACAAUCUUCUAUUACUUUCUGACUUAGCUGUAUACAACAAUCUACAUGAACUAUAUAAAGAAAUAAAUCAAAAUGUAAUUAUAUUACUAAAUGAAGUCAAUGGCCAAACUGCAUUGGAAAAACAAGCAUAUGGAAUAGCCUUUCAUAACAUAGCAAUUUAUUACAAAAGUAAGAAGCAAUAUGAACAAUGCCUUUUAUAUUAUCAAGUUGCGCUUGCAGCCUAUAACAUAAGUAGUGACUGGAAGAAUGAACACACGAAAAUUUUGCUUGGCAUGCAAUUGGAAGAAAGUUCUAAAACAGUGAGGAUAACGCAAAGACGACAAGAUGUAACAGGUAUAAUGAUCUGGUGAUUUAGAAAUAUUUUCUAGGAACACAGCAAUAGUGGAUAGAGCGAUAUAUAUCACAAGCAAAAGUGCAACCCUAUGCAACAGCAAGGAGUUCAGUACUUCACCCUCGCAUAGGUAUAAUCAGUGGUUGGAUUCAGCCGGUUCGCACCGGUUCUAUAGAACCGUCUCACAGAAUUUUAUGAGAUCAGCGAUUCGGUUAGCAUUCUGUUUGUAACAAAACCGGCUGAAAAAUAUGACUUUUGUGAAGGAACCGGCUGACAAAAAAUCUGAAUCCCACCACUGGGUAUGAUGUACCAUAAUAUAAUUCAAAAUUUGAAUAUGUAGAUUUGUGAGGACAAGCAAGAAUAACUGUGUAGCACAGUGGUUCUCAAAUAAUGGGUCGUGCGCCCGUGCCCCGCAAAGGCAUAGACAAUUAUUUGAGGGGACGUGAAGCUAAUUAAAAAUAAAAAUAUUUGUUAGAUUUGAUCUUGCCUGCCAAUUCUGGUAUUUACAUUUCAAAACUUUUCAUUUAUUUCCAUAUUUACGAUUCCACUCACAUAUUUUUAUAGUCUUUUUAGAAUAAAACAUACUUUCUCCUCACUAUCUGUUAAAACGUAUAAAUUAUUUUAGAAGCGUCAAUUGGACAGGAAGGUGGGCGGCUGAAUGUUGAGUACUGUGAAGUGAAAAUACCAAGAAAUGCUUUAAAUGAAACUAAGAAAUUCACAGUGUCAACAAAACUUGACAAUGCAACCAGUGAUGACAGGAUUUCAAUUAGCACAAUAUUGAGUUGCGAACCUGCAACCAACUUCAAACUGCCAGUUAAAAUGCUAAUUCCUGCAUGGUGUGGAGCUGAUGAAGAUUAUGUGGAAGUACAAAUAUGCUACAAACAGAAUAAUAGUUCAGAUUGGAGCUUAUUGGAAAGCAAAGAUUUAAGACAUAUCGGUUGUGAUAUUUCGUUUGACACAAGACAUUUUACAGGCUUUCAUAUAAAAGUGAAAAACAUUUUUAGCAAACUACUCAAAUACAAAAUGGCUAUGAGUGUGUGGAAAAAUCCAAUGGGAAACUAUACUUUCAUAGCAUACAUAAAGAAUGAAAGCAUUAAAGAGAAAUGGAAAAAUGAACUCAAAGCUACAGGGUACACAGCAGCAAAGGUACAUUUCAAUAAUAUUAUAGUUAGAAAUGAUGAUGAAAUAAAAGUUCAUUUUCAAUGCAAAUCUCCUGAAUUUAAAUUUGACCCUGCAACAGUAUCUUUCCAACUCGAUUUUACCAAGGAACACUUUCAUUUUGAAAACUUUGCUCUUGUGCAAACUGCGCCUUCCACUGCAAAACUCACUACAGUAGUUUGCGAAAUUGAGCACAAUGAGCGAAAGGUUGAAAAAAAUGACAAGAAAAGCAAAAUAAAGAACUUUGAAAAAAAAUGGAACGAGGAGAUAUCAGCCGUACCAUUUAUUAUAGAUCAAACAACACGUAAGAAUCUCUGCAAUUUAUUCUAUAAAACUUUCAAUUAUUAAAUCAUGGCUGCUGAUUUUCAAAUUUCAAUCAGAAAUCUUGAAAAUUCUAGCUCUGGCUCCAACACCAAUACAAGCAUUCUGAACUCUACAGCCUUGAAUUUACUCUACAUCGAACUUGGAUACUAAACCUACCUAUUAAUUUAAUUAGCAAUCAUUACCAAAUCUUUACAAUUCUAAGAGUUAACAAAAUGGCUCUACUCAUACCAAUGACUAACAUAGGUAUGCAGUUUCAAAUCCUGCUGGAGAUGAUUAUGUAAUUGGAUAUUGCUGAACCCAUGAAAGUUAACAUAGAUAGAACAAUUUAUUGGUAGCUUUAUCCAUACUUUUCCUAAAUCAUGAGAAAACGUAGAUCACUUUGCAUAACUAAGUAGUCUUAUCGGGUAUCCUCACCCUACUGCUGUAUUUUUAUUAUUUUUGCAGCAACAGAAAGCCUAAUGGAUGUCUUCAAAAAUGAAAUCAUUAAAGAGUAUGAUUCUCCACACGUUUGGAAAGAGUUUGCAGGAUCCUGUAGUGGCUUGGCCCUAAGUCCCAUGGAAAUAAGAAAAAUUGGAAACAACAGCGAGAGUGGUUUUGAAAAUCAGAAGCUGGAAAUGUUAAUAUUGUGGAAAAAUAAAAUUGGAUCUCCAGAUGAACAAAUGUUGAUCGUGAAGAUACGUGGCAUUGUGAAAAACUACCGCAUACCGACUACUAGAUUGCAGAACAACAGAACAUCCUAAUUUGAACAAAAAGAGUGAAGUUUUAAUAGCUAUCAUCAUGAAUAAGACAAAGCAUUAUUAUUGAAUUCCACAACUUUUAUUUUUCAACUUUAGGACAUUUUUAAUGUUUGUAUAAGUUUUUAAUUUCAAUAAAUGGUAAUUGAUGUAAGCAUAGUUAUGAUGCCAAAGAAAUAUUACCAAAUUAUGGUAACAGUUUAUACAGCCUUUAAAGUUGAGAUGUUUCAGGGCAAAUGUUAUCUGUAUUGCUCAAUUGAGUUAAGGUUUCCCAAACUUCCUUCCAAAAGGACUGCACAGGGGGUCCACAAGACCACAACAAUAUGAAAAUUGAUUUCAAUCAAAAAUCCAUUGCCUAUUUUGGGCUGAGCGUUGCAGACAAACAUCUAUUGCUGUCAGAAAAGGCAAUUGAAAAUUCAUUGACUUUUGAAACGACCUACAUGUGUGAGGCAGCAUUUGCAGCUCUUACCAAUAUGAUGACAAAAUAUGGUAUGAUGACUUGCUGUAAAGUCGGACCUACGAGUCAUAAAUUGAUCCG